AUGUCAGCUUCAUUGGCGCCCGAAUGCAAUGAGGUGAAAGAGCGAUACGAUACAUGCUUCCUCAAAUGGUACUCAGAAAAGUUUCUGCGAGGUACAGCAAAGAAUGAUGAAUGUGAACCUUUGUUUAAGCAGUACAAAGAGUGUCUUGGCAAAGCCCUGAAAGAGCGAGGAAUAGAUCAGAUGCUUGAAGAAGCAAGAGCAGACAACAAGGAGAACGACGCAGAGCACAUGAAGCCUUCUCCGCGAGGCAGCUGA